CAUAAACCCAAAACACCAAAUUCGUCCUAACCCGAAAGUUACGGCGAUGCUGCUCCGCGCCAAUCUCCUCCGCCGCCUCUUACCUUCACAACAAUCCGCCGCUGACUGCAGCAGCGGGCUUAUAAUCCCGGCCGUCCACCAGAUCCGAUCCCACUACAUUUCAACCACUGAGUUAUCAACAAGCGAUGUCGGAAAUAGUGAAAAGCAGAGGGAAAACAAAUGGUUCACGCUACCCCCAUUUGCUAAAACCAUCAAUGCCGCAGAAUUGGGAGCUAAACUAGCCGGAAAAACCAAUUUGAAAUCCGCCUCUACCGCCGCCUCCACCUAUGAAACGACGGCACUGAAGUGGGUUCUGAAAUGCUGCCCGGAGCUGCCUAGAAGUCUAGUACAAAAAUUAUUUCGUUUAAGACAGGUUCGAAGAGAAUCCAUAGGCAAAGAGGUUUCUCAUGAUGGUUGCCUUGCACAGAAGGUUCAGCUUAAAAGGGUUGGAGCUAAAGAUUCGUUGAAUGUUGGAGAUAGAAUUUUUCUUCCUAUUAGUGUCCGAGAGUUUCCGGAGGAGAAACAAGAACAUCGCUGCACCGAUGAAGAAUCAAACUUUAUACGAAGCUUGGAGCUCUACAAGGAUCCGGACAUUAUUGUUCUCAAUAAGCCUCCAGGGAUUCCAGUUCAGGGUGGCAUUGGCAUCAAAUGGAGUUUAGAUGAAUUAGCAGCCGCCUGGUUAUGUAAUGAUUACUCAGAACCGCCUCGCUUGGUUCACAGGCUCGACAGAGAUUGUAGUGGCAUAUUGGUGAUGGGGAGAACUCAAACAAGUGCUGCAAUUCUUCAUUCUAUAUUCCGUGAGGAAUCACUCGGUGCAUCAAAACAUGAUUUUGAUGAUGAGAAAAGAGUUCUGCAAAAGAGGUAUUGGGCGCUCGUUAUCGGGUCUCCAAGGCGUCCUAAGGGAACGAUAUCAGCUCCGCUUAGAAAGGUGGUGGUUGAUGACGGGAAAUCUGAUCGAAUCACUGUCUUUGACAAUAACAAGAUUAUGUCAUCUCAGAAUGCAAUAACAGAGUAUCGUGUCAUAAAAACAUCAUCACAUGGGUACACAUGGUUAGAAUUGUCUCCUCUCACUGGUAGAAAGCACCAACUUCGAGUACACUGUGCUGAGGUACUAGGAACACCGGUUGUUGGAGACUACAAAUAUGGGUGGCAAGCUCAUAGAAGGUUGCAACAUCUGGCCGAGUCCGAUCUUAGAAAGAUCCUAAACAAAAAGGCGUCAAAGGAAAACAUGCUCCCUUUUGGACUUGACAUGGAGAGGGGAAGCAUUUUGGAAAAGCGGCUUCAGCUGCAUCUUCACUGUCGGGAAAUGAUCUUACCGAAUGUCUCUAAAGCAUUGCAAAAUCCGGAAUCGUUUUCGGGUGAUGAUCUUUCAAAGCUCAAGAGUCUGGAAAUCGUUGCUCCAUUGCCAUCAUACAUGCAAAAGAGUUGGGACAUUCUGGAUUCGUGAGCAAAAAACCGGGAUCUUGUAAAUUUAUAAGUUCUGCCAUCAAUUAUUAGUUAGUAGUAGAAAUAUUUUUAUGCCUUGCUUUGGAAGAUUAUCGAAUCCCUUGAUAAUCAAUUGUUAACAGUUAACAGAAUUGUUCUGAUUUUCAUUAUCAUCUUUGUUAUUGACGUUGUCAUACAACUGAGCUGAGGAGAAGAAGCAUUCGGAAUCCGACCUGCAGGCGUGGAUGCAUACAUUUCAGCAAAGGAAAUUGGCGUAAUGUUUUGAUUAUCAACACUUUCCAUCGUUGAGAAGAUUUCACGGCCUUCUACGGCGGCGAUGCCAUGAAUCGUUGAUUUGAUUAUCUGCCCAUUGCUUGAAUAUCAAGUAAGGUGAGAGAGAGGGAAUUACUGAAGUAAUUUUUGGUUAUCUGAUUUUCUUUACCAGAGAUACGACUAACAUCAGCUUUUAAAUC